UCAAUUUAGUGUCCUUUGUCAUUUGGUGUCUGUCACUGUAACAUUUGGAGAUCUGUCAAAGUCAAAUAAUUUAGGCUAUUUUUUUGUCGAAAUAAAGUAAAAAACUUGAUAAAUUAACUGUUAACUUUAUCCAAUCGCGUUUCAUUCACACAAACUACAUUUUAUAUUGUUAAAGUAACAUGGGCAUAGAAAACAUGCGUCGCUGGCCGAUGUAUAUUGUGUUUGCUGUGUGUAUUUUGUUGUUACUUUCACUAUUUAAUAGCUGGAGUGCGGAAAAUGUAUUGCGAAACAGAGUUUCAGAAAUAAGUAUACAACUUCAGGAAUGCUCCAAGCAACAGACAACCUGCAUGGAGGAGUCAUUAACUUUGCUCGAACAACGCGACAGUUAUCUGACCAAGGUGAACGAAUUAGAUAAACAAAAGUCUAAAUUGACUGAUGAUAUAGAAGGAUUCAAGACUAAGCUUACAAAAUCUGAAGGUCAGGUUAACCACACGAAGGUAGAUGUGGAACUAUGUAAGACAGAGUUGCAGUCGUUAAAGAACCUGCAGGUGAGCAAGACAGCUAUUGUGGAGACCUUGCGACUGGAAAAAGACACGCUAACAACACAGUUAGCUGAAAGAAAGCAGAAGAUUGAUGAGUUAGAGAAAGAGAUAGAGAGGUUGAAAAUAGCAUUGACCACCAAAAGUGCUGCCAAUUCAUCUGUAGCCUCCAAGGUGACUCCAGCUGCUCAACCACCAAAAAUAAGCCCAGCCCUAAGUGCCCACAAUCCUAUAAAUGAACCAGUCUUGGAAAAUAAUGAUGCUAAAGAAGAAAUAGAAGAUACAAAUGCCUUGAAUGAUGGCAAUGAAUUUGAUCCUCAGUUACAAUAAGUAGUAGUAUACUUAGUUUAUGUUGUGGUGGUCUGGUGGUGUGAUAAUCAAUUACCAAGAGGACAAAGUAUGAGGCUGAUGGUAGAAAGGCUGUAAGCUAAAUAGUGGACAUAAUAACAACUUGUAUUAUAUACUUGAAAGUUCUUAUGAAACUUAAUUCAUCUUUCAAAGCAAUUAUAUGAAUUAUAUUCAUGUUUUUACAAAAAGUAUUGCGAAUCAUACUGAAUUAAAUAAUAAUUACAGUUUACUCACUUGAAUAUACUGAGAAAAGCUGUACUAGUUUCGAGUCAGACAGGGACUCUUCCUUAUGAGCAGCAGUUGUGGGGAUGUCAACAGUAAGCUGCACAGCAUUGCCCCGACUGUGAUGCAUCCUGCUCAUGAGGAAGAAUCACAUCCACUCUAAAUGGCAUGCAAGUCAUAAUGAAAUUUUUUCCCUUUGGUAUAUUGUUAUUGAUGUGGUUAGAAAUGGAAUUUUAAUGUGAUUUCAGGUAUAUGCCUUAGAUUUAAUAAUUAGGUUAAAAUGAUUGAUAACAACAAAUCACUGCCCUGUAAUGGCAUGAUAUUUAAUUCAACAAUACAUUAUGAUAAUGUUAUCAUUGUUUCCAUUUUUAGUAUUAGUGAAUUUUAGACUGUUAUAACAAAUAAAUGAGUUUUUGGAAUUGAUAGUUAUUUUAGGAAAUCCCCAUUGUUCUUUAUCACUUUUUGUCAUGUGUGUAAAAUUGUUAAUGUGUCUAAUCUGCCUUAUAGAUAUUUUUAAUGAUUUAAUUAUUGAACCUAAUUGCAUUUACAUAUACAGGUGAUAGUGAAUGCCUUUCUACUGUCAUUGUUCCAUGAAUGUAUUUUAUUAUUCUAUUUUAAUAAAUAACUAUUAUUCUAUGCAAUUAAGGUAGGGUGGAUUGAACUACAUAAUUUAAUUUUGUGCAAUUCGAAAUGAAGCCAUAAUUCAUACUCUAUAGAGGUAAUAUUAGAUGUAUUUCGUAAAUCACAAGUUAUGUUAGUACAUGGAUGUUGGAUUUUGCUAGUUAAUAAAUGCCAUGAUGGUGCCAGAAAUGUGUAUUAAGAUCUGACAUGUGUAAUUUAUUUAUUUUGCUCAAUUUUCCAAUUUGUAUCCAUUAAAUUGAUUCGAAUUUAUAUGCCUCCUUAAGUCCUUAGUAAACUGAUCCAAUACUAUGGUAGUUGAUGAAAUGUGCAACAUGUUCUAAAUUAUAUUGUCCUAUAAUGUACAUGUAUUAUUAUGACUAAUGUUAGUAUUGUUUUCAUAAUUAUUAUCUUUUAUAGUUGAGGAAUAAAUUGUAUAGAUUUUUCCUUUUU